AUGAUCUCCGCACUACCAACCCGGGCUUUCAGAAUAUUAGUUUUUGCGACAUGGGCGCAGAGAUCUGUUUGGUGUCAAUACUACGGCGAGCAGAUAGGGGAUGGCCAUGGUGGUCAUAACGAAGAACAUCAUGAAGAUCAUCACGUGAAGCCGCUUUACAAGUACGGAUAUUGGGUGCACGAUCCAAAAACGAAAGAUGUCAAGAGCCACUGGGAGCAUCGGGACGGAGACACGGUACAUGGUUCAUACUCGUUUCUGCAACCGGACGGACACAUGAGGGUGGUCGAGUACACGGCCGACAAGCAUAAUGGAUUCAACGCACACGUCAAGUACAUGUACGAAGGACAUGGAGGAGGCAACGACGGAGGGAGCGGUGACGGUGGCGGGUUCGGGGGAAGUGGCGGUGGUGGAUUCGGUGGGAGCGGCGGUGGUGGAGGAUUCGGCGGUGGCUUCGACAACCAUUUGGAGGACGCGUCGGGAAAACAGUCCGCACCGAUCGGAGGUGGUGGAGUCGGAGUGGGAGGCCGACCAAAGCAGCCGUUGCACAAGUUCUACAAGAAACCACGAACGGAAAAACAAGGCGGUCAACCUGGCCAGUACAAGAAACCGCAUCAGUUCGACGGCCGACCGAAACCGGUGGGUGGAUACAAGAAACAACGGCUGUCACCGUCCGCAGAACAGUCGGCUGAACACCACCUCGGUGGCAGACCCAACAGCCAUUUCGACCAGGUGCCCAAGUUUGGCGCCCCCGGACAUUAUCAACCCAAUUCACUAGGUGUCAGCGGCGGCGGUAGCCCCGAACGUUAUCACGCAAAUCAGCUGGGCGGCGGUGGUAGCCCCGAACGUUAUCAAGCAAAUCAGCUGGGCGGAGGUGGUAGCCCCGAACGUUAUCAGACGAGCCACUUGGGUGGCGCAAGUCCGUUUGGAUAUUUGGCCGAAGAACAGGGCUCCGAUCAUCCGGUUGAACACUUAUCCCGCAAGUACUCGUCGACCACGUCGUCGGACACGUCCGCCUAUCUGACCGGCAUCCAACACCUAUCGUCCGAACACGACCCGGUGGUGCACCGUCAGCCGGACGUCGCGCCCGCAGCGUCGACGGAACGCCAGCACCACAGCGGUUCAGCCGAGGAACGUCAGCCACAGGUACCGGGCUCGGAACUGGAGCCACCUCGACCGGCGCAAGUGGAUGGGCCUUCCGAAGAGCCGCGUGACGAUGGAAGUGGGCCUCUACAGUACGACGAUGUCGACAGCCGUUCACAGGAACGGGACGACAGGAACGGCAGGGAUGUUACAGAUGACAGGGAUUACCGGGACGACCACGCGGCUGACUCUGCUGACGAAACAGCGGUAACGGUACAAAAGCAACCGUUGAGGGAAUAUCGUUUCGAGGAGCCGCCAUACCCGUUUGAAAUUCCCGAAAGCGUGCAAGUCUCCGGCAAAUACCGGAAGAGACACUCGCCGCAGCCGCCGGUAAACAUGCACAGUUACACGGCCGCAUCGUCGUACUUUCCGAUCUGGUACGGAGGUAGCAGACACUACGAUUAG